GUUUCAAACACUGGGACCAUGCCGCUACCGUCUCUCAGCCCAGACCUUCUCGACCGUAUACUCACCUUCCUUCCCGACUUCAGAACACUGUCUGCAUUCAUUCGCACGUCGAAGAACCUCUACAGCGUCUUCCAAGCUCGACCCAAAUCGAUCGUGAAGGCCAUCACUCAGAAUGCAUCGGGCGAUCCGAACAUUAUCCCUGCAGCCGUGAGGUUGGCAUACGUGCUUCCGGGUCGAGGGUACAAAAGAAAGGAAGAUAACGGGGACGAUGCGCUUCCUAAAGAGAGGGAAGUGGCUGAAUUGCCUUUGACCCGUGCGAUAUGUGAAGCUCUCGUCUAUCACGCACCGGUCGUGAAGGAGCUGGAGGAUAUCUUUAGUUGGAUAAAGAAGGACCGGACCUCAAGGACAAGCAAACUGACCGUCGACGAGUCAUCGCGCUUCCGGCGCGCCAUGUACCGCUUUUGGCUAUACUGCGAGUUGUACCGCGAACCACCCGACGAGGACUGGUACACCUUCCCGCGCAGGGUGUUCUUCCAGGCGCUACCGCUAGAAGAGUUGCUCGAGCUCGGGCGCGCCGCAGAUUUCUGCGCGGAGCUGCUCCUACGGACCGAUAACUCCUGCGGGUGCGCGAGCUCGUUGGUGCCUACGGUGACGUACUUUAGAGACAUCUCGGCUAUGGGCCCAGCGCGUGUGCUGUGGAUUUUUCAGUCGCUGGAACCUCAGGAACCGGAGGAUGUCGAAGAAGGUUUCUUCUGGUAUCCCUUCUUCCUCAACCUGAUUCAUCACCAAAUGAGUCCGAAGAUUGGCCAUGAGGCUUUGCUUGAAGCGAUUCUGAGUGAAGUCACUGGUUCACAAGACGAAUGCGAUCGAUGUCAUGCCGCGUGCGGCAUCAAUCUCUGGGGCCCUUCUAAUUGGGAUUUACUCCGCGGAAUCUUCUGCCCGACAUUCCUCGGCACUUUCUAUCCCAAUAACCUGCAGAUGAACAACACAGAGGUCAACCUACUGCUGGAUUACCUGUCAGACGUGAAAUCUAGAUUCAGGAACUACAUCACUUUUGAUUAUGCUCAAUUUAUGGAGGAGAUCGUCGAGCUGCAUGACGAGGAGGCGUGGUCGAGAGACGGUUGGUACUGUCUGGAAUGCGUCUCUGACCUUCUGCGGGAACGGUUCGUCUGGUGGUGGCUAGAGAAGAAGCAAAAAGCGGGUAUAAGAAUACCUCUCAAAGCUUGCGCUUGGGGUUAUGAUUGCUGCUUACAGGGUUCUGACUGGUAUCACGCAAGAACCAUGAAUCACCUCUGCCGUCCUACGAGGCGACUCAUGAGUCCAAUUCAUCUCAAUGAAUAACGGCCACCUUCUUCGGUUAGGCACACUAUUGGCGCCCCUUAGUGCUUAAUCUUGGUUAUUGGAGCGCAUCGUCUGUGGAUUUAUGAAGCAAUGGCUCGUCUAACGGACCAGAGCAAUGUCAUGUUCGGUGGCAUGUUACGAAGCAACUCGGAUUUAUAUAAUUUGUAUAGAGCUCACAUUGACCGCAUGCUGACUGAUAUAAACAUUUGCGAAGGUGGAUAG